AUGCGAUCAUAUCCGCUUCCCUUUCAGAGUUUAUAUAUAAAACAAAUAAAUUACAAUAAUUGUUUCCCUCUUCAAAUUUCCCCCCUCAAAAUCCACAUCACCCCUAACAGAAAACAAUUCCCCUCUGACACUCUUUUUCCCAAGAGCCACACUCGUGGGAAAGCCCGCAGCCCAUCACGCGUGUCGUUGGGAAGUUCCUUUUGCCGUUGGGGAAUUGCGAUGCGCAUGUCCGUUUCCUUUCUUUUUUUCCUUUUUAAACCUUCGGACAUUGCGGUAUUUGCCCUCUGGCACCUCCCAUUAUCAGGGAUAUCCCGUGAGAUUUUCCAUUUGCGCACAACGCCAUGCUGGAUCAAAAUUGCGCAAACGAGAUGCCGAGAACGCGUAAUGCUGUAA